AUCCCUUGCUCUGAGGAGGUGGUUACAUUGUGUCUAUUGUAUCCUUGGUUUUGUGUCUGUACAUUUCUCCGUACCUGAAAUUAAGAGUAAAAAGCAUGGCAGAUGAACAAGAAAUCAUGUGCAAAUUAGAAAGCAUUAAAGAGAUCAGGAAUAAGACACUGCAGAUGGAGAAGAUCAAGGCCCGUUUGAAGGCUGAGUUUGAGGCUCUUGAGUCAGAAGAGAGGCACCUAAAGGAAUACAAGCAGGAAAUGGAUCUCCUACUACAGGAAAAGAUGGCCCAUGUGGAGGAACUACGACUGAUACAUGCUGACAUCAAUGUGAUGGAAAACACCAUCAAACAGUCAGAGAAUGACCUAAACAAGCUGUUAGAGUCUACCCGUCGGCUACAUGAUGAGUAUAAACCACUGAAGGAACAUGUGGAUGCCCUGCGUCUGACUCUGGGCCUGCAGAGGCUCCCUGAUCUAUGUGAAGAGGAGGAGAAACUCUCCUUGGAUUACUUUGAAAAACAGAAGGCAGAGUGGCAGACAGAACCUCAAGAACCCCCUAUUCCUGAGUCCCUGGCCGCUGCUGCCGCUGCCGCCCAACAACUCCAAGUGGCCAGGAAGCAGGACACUCGACAAACAGCAACCUUCAGGCAGCAGCCCCCACCUAUGAAGGCCUGUUUGUCAUGUCAUCAACAAAUUCACCGGAAUGCACCUAUAUGCCCUCUGUGCAAAGCUAAGAGUCGGUCCCGGAACCCCAAAAAGCCAAAACGGAAGCAGGAUGAAUGAAGAAAGAGAGAACAUAGAGCUCUACUGCUCAUAACCCUUCCCUUGGCCAGAGUGGUUUAUGUCCUAAUGUUAAACAACACUUUCCCAUCUCUACUAAGUCUCCUAUAUAACAUGAUGGAAGCACAACCCCAUUCUCACUUCUUAUUUCUUUCUGCUCUUGGGGUUUUUGGUUUAGGAAGAGAUGUGUUUCAGGUGCUAAUGUCGGUGUGUCUGAUUACCUUCUCUCCCAUCUACAUUUCCAUGUCUGCCCUUGUUUGGAGCUGAAAGAAGUCCAGAAGACCCAGAUAUUCUUGUUUGUCUUGUGAAUCAGACCUGGGGCCUAAGGUCUGAGUACUCAGGGCAAUUACUAUUUUAUUUCAUAUGAAGAGUACAGUUUCUUCCUACCUGCAUUUUUGCUUUAGGCACAGAAGGGUCAACAGUCUUCUUAAUGGACUUUCCAACAGGCUUGAACUAUACAUUUUGCCAUCUCUCCUCAUCUCAUCUUCAAGGCCCAGAGAGAGCUUAUAGAAGCCUUCCUUUUCAUAUUCAUUUGGAAGAUCUGGUUCUUAGUACAGAGUUCACCUCCAUUCCCAAGGAUCUCAGAUAUUUUGAAGUUCUUAGUUACUGGGUUUUGUGUCUGAAGAUCCUGAGAUCUGUGACUCUUUACCUUAUAACCCUAAUUUUUACAAAUCAGUAAUAGAAUGUGCCCACAGUGAAAUCUGGAAGCCAGAUCUGGUGCACAAGUCCUGCCUAAUUUGUUGCAGUAAGUCACUGGACUGAGGACUCUGCUGUACAGGAUACCUUAGGCUGAGAGGGACCCUAGGCUAACAACAUCUCUGUUGCCUUUUUUUCCCCAAAAUCAUCACUCUGGUAUUUACUCAGUGUUGUAUCUUUGGAACCAGAGAAGUGAGUUAAUAUUCAAGUGAGUGACAAUCACUUGAGAAUUUUAUACAGUGGGGAUAAGUAAUACUUGCCCUCCAUUAAUCCUUCCCUCUCUGCAUUUGCUUCCUUCUGUAAGACAGUAUCAGCUCAGGUCAGCCGCUUGCCAUUCCCUUUCCUAUGGAUUAUGCAAGUGGUCUUCCCUCCCCAAAGAAAAGACACUAGCUCCCCACAUUCGAACAGCUCUCUAAUUAAGUCACUGUCAGACUUAAGGAAUAGGAUGAGGCUGACUGACUGAAAAAUUUUAGUUCCACAUCUUUGUCCUUGGCUGGGAGGGGAGAUAUUUUUCCUUCCUUAAUUGUAGUUAUAAGUUGUCACAUGUCUGUGUGUUCAUAGUAUAAAGGGUUUCUCUGGUCCUUGAAAAAUAAGAUUUAUGUCUGUACAAAUCCUUUUAAAUAAACAUUUGUUCAUUGGAGUAAUUGUGAUUGAAUGCCUGAAAAUAUCAGAUGUAAUGCCUUUUCACCUCCUUGGGGAAAAUUGACUCUAUUUCUUGAUGGGAAGAACUGCAUGAAUAUCAGAGAUGAGGGGGAUUUUUGGCCAUUUUGCUUUUUUUGUUUUUAAUAUUUAUGUGUGUGUGUGUGUUUGCACAGUGUUUUAUUUCACUUGCCAGGGGUAGUGCCUAGAAAGUUCCCACCACUUAUUCAUCCAUGAACAAUCACUGUAGUCCCUUGUGCAUUCCUGCCCCCUCACCCUUUGAUCUCUUUCCCUCCCUGUCCCUUGCAGAAUGUCUCUGAUUAAUACUGAUCCUUUAUUGGUUCCCCUAAAUUCCUCCUGUAAGUGAAACCAUGUGAUAUGUCCCUCUUCUGACUUAUUUCAUUGAGAAUAAACCCUUGCAGCUCAAUACAUGUUGCUGCUAAUGGCUAAGUUUAACUUUUUUGAUUGCUGAAUAGUAUUUCAUUGUGUAUAUAUACCACAUCUUCUUGAUCUAG